UGUAUGUUUUCAAGUUUUGUUGGUCAUUGACCGAAUAAACAGUAUUUCAAUUUCGAACUAUAGGUAUCUUCCUUGGGCUCAUUGACUUAAUGACUGAUCCAUACCCCAGACUGAAAUGAGAAGAACAACCUUUUGACAAUCAUAGAGAUAUUUUCCAAAUAAUCAGAAUUCUUGAAAAACAUAUAGGUCAGGAAACCAGUUCUUACUGCUUUCAUAUCUUUUGCUGCAAGAGUUCGCAGCGAUGCUACACUGAAUUCUUUCAAACUACGUAAGCCCACAUAGGUUUACUCAGAAGUUAAGCGUAAAUAAGGUUCAAUCCUAUACACAUUUACUUGGGAAGAAGUGAUCCUAAAAACAGAGGAGCUUGUUUUUGAAUCGACAGGCAUAAGAAACCCAAUACAGUACAUAAACUUUCUGAAAAUGAAUUAAGAGUCAAUUUUAUUCUCUCCAAUGAAGAAUCGUGCACAACUUCUCCAAUGUACUUGAAUCUUAAUCCUACCGCUGUUUAUCGCCGUUUAAUGCAGUUGUUUGUAGGCAUAAAACAACAGACCGCGGUGGGCGUUCAGAUCCGAUUCGAGGAGCCCUUUUCGAACAGGCGAGCGACUUUGGAGAACGCUCGAUUUUCCUACCUGCUACAUUAGGAAGAACUUUUCUUCCCUUUUUUGACUGUCUAGGCGACCCGUCUGCUGCCACGGUUCUAUUGGCUAGCAGGAUAUCAGCUGAUUCUUUCCCAGUCACUUUCAAUAUGGCGCUGACGGUGUAAUCUAGGCUGAGAAACGUGGACAUUAAUUCUGGUUGGUUGUGCUAUACAUAGGGGAGCUUACAUCGUGGGACUUCCUUUAAUUUUUUUCCCCCCUCCCUGAUUCCUUGGGAGAGAUUUUACAAUUCAGCUCCGUGUCCUUUGUCUGAGGCAUGGCCUGAUCCAGACAACAGCAAAAACAGAAACGUUGCUCGAGGUCGAUGUUACCUCCCUCAGAGAACCCAGAUUUCAGUCUUCAAACCGCGUCACCCCCGCGUGUCUGCAGUUGCAUGCAAAGACUUGUAGGAGCGUAAUGGUAGUCUACAGUUAACUGAAAAUUACAGAUUGGCUGUGCAAAAAUAGUUGGAAGAAAUUGAUGACAAAUAAAUGUCUCUGAGGAUUUGGCUGAGACUUACCUUGGCUCCGUAUAGAAAUGAAGCAACUCUAACUGCAAUUUCAGUCAGAAAUAAUUCUUUUAACAAAGGCAUGGAGGGUAAUCAGAGUCAAGACAUGGUAACAGAAAGCUGUAAUCUGGAGCAAAACAUGGCUCAGUCACCUACAGUGAGCACAAGUGGUGGCAGUGAGCCAACAGAAAAUGGUGGGAAAAUAAUCACAGAAGGAAAAGCAAAAGUGAUUUUCCCAAAUGCCAAUGAAGUGUUUUACAACCCUGUCCAGGAGUUCAACAGAGACCUUACGUGUGCAGUCAUUACAGAAUUUGCUCGUCUGCAGCUCUCAUCAAAAGGAAUUAGUAUUGCAGUCCCUGGGGAAGAAAAUGCCUCUAAAGUGAUUGUUGAUCUCUCUGAAAAGGGAAAAGAUGACGAGUUGGAACAACUGAGUGAUAGAGAUAUUUCAGAUAAGGAGGCUGCCACAGUUGCAGAAGUGGGUGAAGUAUGCCAGGAGGGACUCCAAGUGCUGGAGGCCCUGGCUGCUUCAGGACUGCGUUCUAUCCGGUUUGCCAAGGAAGUGCCUGGCAUUUGCAGUGUAGUGGCUAAUGAUAAUUCUUCUAAGGCUGUUGAGUUCAUCACCCAAAACAUUAAGCUCAAUGGCGUGGAACACCUGGUGACGCCAAGCUUGUCAGAUGCUCGGAUGCUGCUGUAUCGCAGAAUGGCAGCUAGAGAGUUAUUUGAUGUUAUUGAUCUCGACCCAUACGGCAGCCCUUCUGGUUUCUUGGAUGCUGUGGUGCAGAGUGUGCGUGAUGGAGGUCUGCUGUGUGUCACAUGCACUGACAUGGCUGUAUUGGCUGGGAAAUUGGGGGAAACCUGUUACAGCAAAUAUGGAGGCACGUCUAUAAGCACCACCUGCUGUCAUGAGAUGGCCCUGCGGAUUAUCCUGCACAGCCUGGAUCUCCGUGCCAACUGCUACCAGCGCUAUAUCGUUCCACUGUUAUCUGUCAGUGUUGACUUUUACAUUCGUGUGUUUGUUCGAGUCUUCAGUGGACCAUCCAAGGUCAAAGCUUCUGCUAGCAAACAGGCCUUGGUUUAUAACUGUGUGGGCUGUGGAUCAUUUCACAUCCAGAGGCUUGGCAAGAUGGUUAGCGACGGAAAAAACUUCAACUAUAAGCCUGCUUGUGGCCCCCCCGUGGGACCAUCCUGUGAACAUUGCCACCAGCACCACCAGCUGGCUGGCCCAAUGUGGGCAGCACCGCUUCACGAUUUGGGUUUUGUCCAGCGAGUCUUGUCAGCAGUUGAGUGUAACCCAGGGCGCUUUCAGACAAAUCAACGGAUUCAGGGCAUCCUGAGCAUGGUGAUGGAGGAACUCAGUGACGUCCCUCUCUAUUAUACCCUUGAUAAACUCAGUAAAACCAUCCAUUCUAACAGUCCUUCUCUACUGCAGUUCAGAUCAGCUCUUCUUCACGCUGGCUAUCAAGUGUCACUUUCUCAUGCCUGCAAGAAUGCUAUCAAGACAGAUGCACCAUCAUCUGUACUUUGGGACAUCAUGCGUUGCUGGGAGCAGCUCAAUCCUGUGAAACGAGAGCGCCUUUCAGAGAGCAGCCCGGCUGCUCACAUCCUUUCCGUGGAACCCAAGCUGCAGGCAUCCUUCACUGUCCGAGCAGAUGCUAAUCCUAAAUCGCGAAAGCAGAGACUCAAACGGUUCCAGAUGAAUCCUGAACCCUUCUGGGGGCCCAAAGCAAGAGCAAAAGCAGGGGGUGGGAUUUCUUCUUGUCUGCAGGAAAAGCGAAAGUUACACCAGAACAAGAGGAAAGUGUGUGUGGUGGGGAGUGAUGGUGCUCACCUAAAAAACUUCCCAUGCAAAAGGUUCCGGCAGGGCGACUGUUCACUAGGGGACAAGUGCUGCUACUCCCAUGAGACACAGAAAGAGUGAAGCACCACAACAGCAGUGCAGUGAAAGAGUCCUGACUGCCUGGUGUGAUUUUUAUUUUUGCAUUUACAGGCAAUCUUUAUAUUUCAAUGACUGUCAAGAUGUGCAUGCCAAUUAAAUAAUAUUAUCUUUUGA